GUUGAUUACGGAUUUUCUACACCCCAAACUGGCAACCUGAACGUUGUUCAGGGGGAGGCGCUAGUCCGCAGUAGUUUCUGGAAGGAACCUCAUGCUUGCACCAUGGAGAAAGUUUCAGCAUUGAAAGACCAGGGCAACAAGGCACUGAGUGCAGGAAAUAUUGACGAGGCUGUACGGUGCUACACCGAAGCCUUGGCUCUCGACCCUUCAAACCAUGUCCUGUUCAGUAACCGCUCAGCUGCCUAUGCUAAGAAAGGCAACUAUGAGAAUGCUCUCCAGGAUGCCUGUCAAACCAUCAAGAUAAAGCCUGACUGGGGAAAGGGCUACUCCCGCAAAGCUGCAGCUUUGGAAUUCCUUGGCCGACUGGAGGAUGCGAAAGCAACUUACCACGAAGGACUCCGACAAGAGCCAAAUAAUCAGCAGCUAAAAGAGGGUUUACAGAACAUUGAGGCCCGGCUUGCAGAGAAAACAAUGAUGAACCCUUUUGCCAUGCCCAACUUGUAUCAGAAGCUGGAGGGUGAUCCUCGGACCCGUGAGUUAUUGUCAGAUCCCAGCUACAGAGAAUUGCUGGAGCAGCUCAGGAACAAACCAUCGGAGCUUGGCACGAAGCUGCAGGAUCCCAGAGUGAUGACAACACUCUCUGUGCUGCUGGGACUGAACCUCUCUGAGAUGGAGGAAGAAGAGGAACCCACCCCCCCUCCUCCCCCCAAACCCAAAGAGACACAGCCACCUCCACCCAAAGAGGAAGACCUUCCUGAAAACAAGAGAAAGGCCUUGAAGGAAAAAGAACUUGGGAAUGCUGCAUAUAAGAAUAAGGACUUUGAAACAGCUCUGAAACACUAUGAGGAAGCAAUCAAACAUGACCCCACCAACAUGACGUACAUUUCUAAUCAAGCAGCUGUGUACUUUGAAAAGGGAGAUUAUGAAAAGUGCCGAGAGCUGUGUGAGAAGGCCAUUGAUGUUGGCAGAGAGAACCGAGAAGACUACAGACAAAUUGCAAAGGCCUUGGCUAGGAUUGGCAACUCGUACUUCAAGCAGGAAAAAUACAAAGAAGCAGUUCAGUAUUUCAACAAGAGUUUGACGGAGCAUCGUACCCCUGAUGUCUUGAAGAAGUGUCAGCAGGCAGAGAAGAUACUGAAGGAGCAGGAGAAACAAGCCUACAUCAACCCAGAAUUAGCCCUCGAAGAGAAGAACAAGGGCAACGACGCCUUCCAGAAAGGAGAUUACCCCUUAGCCAUGAAACAUUACACAGAGGCCAUCAAGAGAAACCCUAAUGAUGCCAAACUCUUCAGUAACAGAGCUGCCUGCUACACGAAGCUAUUGGAGUUUCAGCUUGCUCUGAAGGAUUGUGAAGAGUGCAUCAAACUUGAGCCCACCUUCAUCAAAGGCUACACGCGUAAAGGAGCGGCUUUGGAGGCCAUGAAAGAUUAUUCUAAAGCUAUGGAUGCAUACCAGAAGGCUCUGGAGCUUGACUCUUCCUCAAAGGAAGCCACAGAGGGCAUGCAGCGCUGUAUGGUCAGUCAGGCCAUGAGGAAUGACAGCCCUGAGGAAGUGAAGAAAAGGGCUAUGGCUGAUCCUGAGGUGCAGCAGAUUAUGAGUGACCCAGCCAUGCGCAUGAUUCUUGAGCAAAUGCAGAAGGACCCUCAGGCUCUCAGCGACCACUUGAAGAAUCCAGUUAUUGCUCAGAAGAUUCAGAAACUCAUUGAUGUUGGACUGAUAGCCAUUCGUUGAUGAGAGGCAAGAGCCAGAUGUGUGAAGAAAAUUCCAAGAUUACAGCGGAACAACAUGCAAAACCCUCCAAAAUAUUACAUCCUCUUUUCUUGCCUUCAAAUUCAAAAUUAUAUUGUCCUUGGUCUCACUGAGACUAUGUGUGUAUGUUAUGUUUUUUAAAAUUUCACAACUUUUACAUUGUAUCUAAGAAAGCAUCUUGUUGUCAUCUGAAAAACUUCAGGACUCCAGAAAUCAUCUCUGAAAAAUCUAGAUUCAUGUGUACAGAUGCUCAAAUACAUCUUAAAAUAAACAUCACAAUGCAGUGCA